UUCCGGUUCCGGUUCCGGCAGACGUGGGCGCGCAACUCUCCGAGUUAGAGGGUCACGCAAUGCCUCUGCACAGGUAUCCUGUGCACCUGUGGCAGAAGCUGCGGCUGCGGCAAGGCAUCUACGCGCGUUUGCCCGCUCACUUCUUGCGCUCUCUGGAGGAAGAACGAACGCCGACCCCAGUACACUACAAGCCUCACGGGGCCAAGUUCAAGAUCAACCCUAAGAACGGGCAGCGCGAACGCGUUGAGGACGUACCCAUUCCGAUUUACUACCCUCCAGAGUCCCAGCAAGGGCUUUGGGGUGGAGAGGGCGUGAUUUUGGGCUACAGAUAUGCCAACAACGACAAGCUCUCGACGAGGGUGAAGGCUGUGUGGAAGCCUCAGCUGUUCACUCGGGAGCUUUACAGUGAAAUCCUGGACAAGAAGUUCACCGUGACUGUGACCAUGAGGACCCUGGAUCUCAUUGAUGAGGCCUACGGGUUCGACUUCUAUAUUCUCAAGACCCCAAAGGAGGACCUGUGUUCCAAGUUUGGCAUGGACCUGAAACGAGGGAUGCUGCUGAGGCUUGCUCGCCAGGACCCCCAGCUCCAUCCUGAUGACCCCGAACGGAGACUAGCCAUCUAUGACAAAUACAAGAGUUUUGUCAUCCCAGAGGCAGAGGCAGAGUGGGUUGGCCUGACGCUGGAGGAAGCUGUGGAGAAACAGAGGCUCCUGGAGGAAAAGGACCCUGUACCCCUGUUCAAGGUCUACGUAGAAGAGCUGGUCCAGCGGCUUCAGGAGCAGGUUCUGUCCAGGCCAGCAGUGGUGCAGAAGAGAGCUGGUGACCACGCCUGACCACCGGGCUCAGCCUUCCCUGUGGGUUUUUGCACCGUGGACACAGUUGGGGUGGGCACAAGGACCACCUGUGGGUAGUGGGUGAACCCUGCUUGGCAUGUGCUGAUCACACAGGUCCUGUAGUAGACUUUUCAGAGAACCCUUCUGUGCUAGGACUCUUGGAGACCUGGAGUGGAGCAGAUGCCUGUCCAAGCUGGUCAAAUACUUACAGCAUUAAAGUUAUUGGGCUGGAUGGAAUAAGUAAAGUCUCAGGCAGUGGAGCCACA